AGACAGUUCAGCCCUGUGGCGCACACAGAGCGAAACGGGUAGCGGUUAAGGAAUCGGUUCGGCAUCGGUUAAUUAUCGGGUUAACCGAUAUGGAACCGCUGUGCAACGCCAGCGAACCGCCUUUGCGGCCGGAGGCGCGGACGUCGGGAAAUGGCGAUCUGCAAUUUCUGGGCUGGAAUGUGCCACCGGAUCAGAUACAAUAUAUUCCCGAGCAUUGGCUGACCCAGUUGGAACCACCCGCCUCCAUGCACUACAUGCUGGGCGUUUUCUAUAUAUUUCUCUUUUGCGCUUCGACAGUGGGAAAUGGCAUGGUUAUCUGGAUUUUUAGUACCUCGAAAUCGUUGAGGACUCCAUCCAAUAUGUUUGUCUUAAACCUGGCCGUUUUUGAUCUGAUCAUGUGCUUGAAAGCGCCGAUCUUCAUCUACAACAGCUUCCAUCGAGGUUUUGCCUUGGGCAAUACCUGGUGUCAAAUAUUCGCCUCCAUCGGUUCGUAUUCGGGAAUUGGAGCUGGGAUGACGAACGCAGCCAUAGGAUACGAUCGUUACAAUGUGAUCACUAAGCCAAUGAACCGGAACAUGACCUUUACGAAGGCGGUUAUUAUGAAUAUUAUCAUCUGGCUAUACUGCACGCCUUGGGUUGUCCUGCCGCUGACCCAGUUCUGGGAUCGAUUUGUGCCAGAGGGCUAUCUCACCUCUUGCUCUUUUGAUUAUCUGAGCGAUAACUUUGAUACCCGUCUCUUUGUGGGCACAAUUUUCUUCUUCAGCUUCGUUUGUCCCACUCUUAUGAUCCUGUACUAUUACUCGCAGAUAGUGGGCCAUGUCUUUAGCCACGAAAAAGCCCUAAGGGAGCAAGCCAAGAAGAUGAACGUGGAGUCGUUGCGAUCCAAUGUGGACAAGAGCAAAGAGACAGCAGAGAUCCGGAUAGCCAAGGCGGCCAUCACUAUAUGCUUCCUGUUCUUCGUGUCUUGGACUCCGUACGGCGUGAUGUCGCUUAUCGGGGCGUUUGGUGAUAAGAGCUUGCUCACUCCAGGAGCCACGAUGAUUCCGGCGUGCACCUGCAAACUGGUGGCAUGCAUAGACCCAUUCGUCUAUGCAAUAAGUCACCCCAGAUACCGCAUGGAGCUGCAGAAGCGCUGUCCCUGGCUAGGAGUCAAUGAAAAGUCUGGUGAGAUCUCUUCGGCUCAAUCAACGACCACACAGGAGCAACAGCAGACCACGGCGGCUUAGAAUCAAGGAUAACUCUACUCUGACACACCUGACCUCGUAAUACAAAAAGCCUAGGAAAACUAUAAAAGAAUCGAACAUGAAACAGUGAAUAAUUAUGAUUAUAAUUUGUAGUGCAACAUUCCUGAGUUUAUAAUAAAUAAAUAGUAAGUUAUGGCAAAGUA